AUGAAUCCCCCGGAGGCACAGAAUGACAAAUUGAUCGAAUUGCUGAUCAAGAAGUCAGAACAGUUCCUCCCAAAUAUUGCUUUAUACUUUGAACGCGAUGAACUUUUAAUUCGAAAAUCUAACCAUCCAAUUAAGAACAGUGCUAAACAAUCAACACAUAAAGAUCCAGCGAAGUUAUCACCAAAGUUCGAUGCUUUUAAUAUCACACCGGCAAGAAAUGUAAGAAAAGGCCAAGUCGUAAAUAAUUGGACUUUUAUCCUUUCCGAAUAUCGCGCCAAAAACAGCAAAACAUUUUUCAUCUCAGGUAGAGAGCUCGAAGGCCUCGAGCGUGCUUUCUGGUUUAUUUACCUUAACGGACAAUUUUUCUUAUAUUAUCCUGACUCGGGUACGAUAGCCAUCUGCUACUCAUCAGGAACGAUGACCAUCAAAGGAAAUGUUAUUUCCUUCACAAAUGAGGACAACCAACCGCAUAAAUUCAUGGCAAUUAGCAAUCCAACGUUUCAAGGCUUUCAUAAUUUCAUAACUGGCGCAUUUUCCAACACAUCUAAGAUACCCUUUGAAGAUUUCUUUAAAUCAUUUUUAGCAAAAGUUAAUUAUCCGAAAAUUUCUGCUAUUACAAUUUCUUACUAUCGAUAUAUCUUCGAAAGUUCUAUAAUGUUGUAUGGCUUUGUCCAUGAAUCUUGCAAGACAAGGACGCAAAACGAGAAAUUGGCAAAAGCCUGGAUUUCUGCCGUAGAUACUAAAAUUAUUUCAUUGCUUAAGGUUUGGUUCUUCACAUACUUCAAAGAACAUACCAUUACUGACGCUUUCGAUAAGAAGGAUGUCUUUUUGUUUACAAUUCUUCGAAUUAUUUUCAUGAAUGAUCCAGAAUUCGCAGCUUUUGCUAGUAAAUACAAGGAAAAUCAUGAUCCUAUGCCAUUUACAAACAUUAGUUUGACAGAACUUGUAAAUUAUAUCAUUUUUAUUGUAUUCAGCUCUUCCAUCUUUCAAAACAUGACGGAAACAGACAGAUCGAUGAUGACAUUGAAGUUCAUAUUUGAAAUCAUACUCAAUGAUACAGAAAUUCGCAAACAUUACCAAGAUACUUCUUUAUUAGUUUAUUUCAUUGACAGAUACGAUGUUAAACCCGAACUCAACAUGAGGAUCCAACCCUCCAUUUCCGAAGAAGAAUGCCAAGCGUUUUUGGACGAAAUUGUUGCAAAUGUUGAAUAUUACAUCAAACAUUUCACAACAACACCCUUCCAACAGAACAUCGAGGACUACAAUACCUUUUCCAACCCUUCAACGCUCCGUUCACAGCAACUUUUCUCUACAAAUGUUUAUCGACCGAGAACAGAUUCCGCCUUACUUCUCCAGCGUCCUCCAGACAGUGUUCUUGCCGAUGCCCAUAUCUACGACAGCUUUCCCAUUGCUGGUCCUCAGAGUUUGCCUGUUAAAAAGAAGCCAUCAACAUUUACUCCACUUGGAGACAAUUCACAGACAUCGAACUCUGAUUCUGGACCACAGUCAGCUCCUGUUUCUGCAUCUCCAUUUGAUUCUACUCCUGGCUCUCCGAUUGUUCCUUUCGGACUUGCAACUCCUCCUUCCCUUUUAACUCCUCAACCAAAGGAAUCAAAACCUGUAGAGAUCUCUCCAAUUGCUCACGACAAUCCACCUGCUCCUUCCAGCUUCGACGACUUCUCUAUCCCUCCUUCAAUUGUUCCUUCAGAAGAAGACGACAAAGAUGAUGACGGCGUCGUCAAAAUUCCUUCUGAUUCUGACUCAGACAAACCUGUUGUUGACGAAAAACCAAAAGAAAAAGAACCAAAAGAAGACGAAAAACCUAAAGAAACAGAAAAGCCAAAAGAAAAAGACGAAGAGAAACCUAAAGAAACAGAAAAGCCAAAAGAAAAAGACGAAGAGAAACCUAAAGAAACAGAAAAGCCAAAAGAAAAAGACGAAGAGAAACCUAAACCAAAGGAAGAAGAAAAACCUAAAAUUAAAGAUGAAGAAAAACCGAAAUUUUCGGAAAUUCCGAAACCGAAAGAAGAAGAAAAACCGAAACCAAAGUUUGUUGAAGAAGAGAAACCAAUUCCGAAAUCUCCAUCAAAGAAAGUUGGUUUCAAGUUAGAUAAUCCACAACAACAAACACCAGAAAAGAAGAAAAUUGAAGAGAAGAAGAAGAGUUCAGAUGAUGAUUCAGAUGACGAAUUCAAGUUGACAUUGGAUGACAUCAAAAUUGAUUACAGUAAACAGUAUCCACCACAGUUCUACUACAGACCAAACAGAAAGACAUCAAGGCCACUGUUGAGAGGAAAUUUAGUUAAACAGUGUAUUUUAGAUCAAAAGAGAGAAGAGUGGGAGAAAGAAAGAGCUGAAAAGAGAAAGAGGAAAGAAGAAGAAAAGAAAAAGAAGGAAGAAGAAGAAAAGAAAAAGAAGGAAGAAGAAGAAAAGAAAAAGAAGGAAGAAGAAAACAAACAGAAAGAUGAUGAAGAAAAAGAAGAAAUUAUUAAAAUUGCUCCUCAUCGUAAUUACGAUGGAACUGAAGAACCUCCAAUGGAAAGCGAUAAUGAUUCAGAAUCGGAUGUUACUAUUCAAAAUGCUUAA